AUGUCCUUCUUUCUACCUUGGUUCCUCCUCAAAGCCCUCUGUAAAAAGCUUCGUGUAAAGGUCCUACCUCGUAGACCUCUCAUACAUGUCUCGGGCGAGGUCGAACAGGAUCAGGAUCUAGACGCUGCUUUGAAAGCUAUUGCGGCAUAUAUCAGGUCUCGCAACUGUGGAAGUAUAUGUCUUAUGAUUGGUGCAGGCGUCAGCACGGCAGCAGGUGUACCAGAUUUCAGGUCCGAUAGAGGAGUUUAUGCAAACGCGGAGAAGUAUAAUCUUCCGUACCCAGAGGCCAUCUUCGACAUAAACUAUUUCAAGUCCGAUCCUCGACCAUUCUACUCCCUCGCACACGACCUCCUCCCUCUCGACACUACAAUCCGCCCUACUUUGACCCACUCCUUCAUUUCUAUCCUGCACAAGAAGCGCCUUCUGUCAAUGUGUCUUACCCAGAAUGUGGACUCCCUCGAACUCCGCGCCGGAGUUCCUCCCAGCCGAUUGCUAGAAGCCCACGGGACAUUCAGGACCGCGAGAUGUGCAGUCUGCAAGAAGCCGUAUGAUGGAAAGAGGUGGAAGGAAGAUGUUAGGGAGGAGAGGAUACCGAAGUGCGAUAAUGUAAAGUGUGGAGGAACCGUCAAACCGGAUGUGGUGCUUUUCGGCGAACAGCUGCCCACUUCCUUUUUCACCAAACUGCCCUCUCUCUGGGCUACUGAUCUCCUACUUAUUAUCGGUACCUCGCUCAUCGUCCAACCAUUCGCAUCGCUCGCACAUCAAGUCCAAGAGGAGGCUUGUCCCCGCAUCCUAAUCAAUCAAGACCCAGCACCAUCGAGGGCCGUGUUUGGAGGACGUGCUGCCGACGUGAGUUUGCUGGGGAAUUGCGAUGAGGUUGUGAGAAGGUUGUGCAGGGAGUUGGGUUGGGAGGAAGAGUUGGACAGGAUGUGGAGGGCAACGCAGAGUUGA